AUGGCGACCUCAACAAGUCGACGGACAGAAAACGCUCACACGUGUUCGACACGUACAAGUACAGUACCGUUGGUACAGUACAGUGCUACGCCCUUUUGCUGUCAUCGCACGCCAACCUCCCCGCCCUCCCCGCAACGGCCGUGCACGGCGUGCAAACGCACGUCCAUGGCGUUGACAAAGGGACAAACCGUCGCCCUGCUUUUCACCAUCAGUCUCUUCAACUACAUUGACAGAUGGAGCGUCGCGGGCAUCCUCAACGACCUUCAAGCACCACUGAAGAAGGGAGGCUUCGGCCUCACCGAUACCCAGGGUGGCCUUGUCACUAGCGUCUUCAUUGUCACCUACAUGAUUCUGUCCCCGGUCUUUGGCUACUUUGGCGAUCGCGUCCCCCGUAUUCCCUUGCUCUUCUGCGGAAUUCUGGGCUGGAGCGUCGCCGGCCUUUUCGCCUCCUUUGCAGAGUUUUACUGGCAGUUUCUCGUCUUUCGCGCCCUGGUCGGCGUCGGAGAGGCUUCGUAUGCCGUAUUGGCCCCCACUAUCAUCGCAGACCUCUACUCUGGCACAGAGCGAACCCGCGUACUGGGCCUGUACAGCGCUUCCGUCCCCCUCGGCUCGGCCAUGGGGUACAUCUAUGCCGGUGAAGUCGCUCGAGUACUAGAAUGGCGCUGGGCAUUCCGUUUCACCCCUUUCAUCGGCGUUCUUCUAGCCUGCAUCCUUCUCUUCCUCGUCACCGAGCCAGCUCGUGGCGACGCCGACGGCGUCGCUCUAGCCCCCUCGGGCUCCGACAGCAAGAUUCUCGAGCGCGAGACGGGCAUCUCGGGCUUUUUCGACGACGCCGUCGAAAUCUGGCGCGUUAAGUCCUUCUUCUGGAGCACCUUUGGCGCCGUUGGUAUGACUUUCACUGCCGGUGCCCUGGCUCAAUGGUCCACCGCCCUUCUGCAGCGCGUCAACUGCGACCCGGGUGACGAGUUCUGCGAGGCCACCAUCACCCGCACCUUUGGCCUGGUCAGUAUUGUCGGCGGCGUUGCAGGAUGCUUACUCGGCCCGUUUCUGGCAAGAAUCUACGCGAGAAAGGACCCGUCCGGCGACGCUAUGGUGUCGGGCAUUUGCUUGCUCAUUGCUACCCCAUUUGUAUUCUUGGCUAUCUAUUUUUCACCUAACAAGUAUUCGCUAACUUGGCUAUUCAUACUUCUUGCCGAGACCUUGGUCAGCGUCACAUGGCCCCUGCUCACCGCAAUACAGCUUAGUGUCGUUCCGCCAUCUCAGCGAAACACAGCAAACGGCAUUGCGCUCACAGUAUCGCAUGUCUUUGGGGACUCAGUCAGCCCCAUCGCUGUCGGCGUGUUCGCGGACAAGCUCCACGCCAACGGAGAGGGCUUGUCACGAGCAGUCUCUUUGCAACAGUCGCUCUACAUGUGCGUUACGGCGAGCUUCGUCGGAGGUUUCUUCUUCAUUUUGUGCUCUCGCACGCUCCAGAAGGAUCGAGAAGCGGCGCUCGCACAUGUCGACAACGGGUAUCGAGAAGUCGAGGCUCUUGAAGAGCCUUCUCGCGUACAUCUUGUAGCUGCUGAAAUUGAAACAGUGCAGGCAAGUCAGGCUUCGCCUUUUUUAUGCCGAUGGUAA